UAAACAGACACGUUCAGACAUUCUAUCCCAUCAGGUGGAAGCACUGCAUGCAUCCAGCACUGGCCAGGGGCACAGGAUAGGCAGCAAGGGCACACAGGGCACGCUGCACAAGGCUGGAGGAUCUCUUUGAAGAUUUGCACUAUAUCGCCUGGGGUUGCAUUCUGGAGGAGUUAUGGAGAGAAGAAGUUCUGCAGACCAGUGCCACCCUCUUCUGGAGGAUCAACCUUUGCCAGAGGAGAGCCCAGUCCCGGAUAAGUUGGUGAAAGUGGAGAAAAGGUUCCGUCUUUGGUAUGUUGGUUGGUCAAACCUAGACCGGCGCACCACUUUGCCCAUGCUACCCUGGCUUGUGGCAGAGAUUCGUAGGCGGGCGGAAAGGCAGGAGCCACCAGGAUUUGUGACACCAUGCAGAGAAGUUCAGCUGUUGUUGGUUGCCCCUCACCUUCGCUGUGUGCCCGCCUUAAAUGGUGCCAGUACCAACACCGCAGUUUUCAUCUUUGAACACAAAGCACAGCAUAUUGCACGGUUUAUUCAUAAUACACAAGACCCCUCUUAUUUUGGGUACUUGAUUAAGACUCAGCCUGACAACCCGGAAUCUGAGAUGGCCUGCCAUGUCUUCAAGGCAACAGACCCCAGCCAGGUUUCUAAUGUGAUCAGUAGCAUACGUCAAGUCUCCAAAGUUGCCCUGAAAGAAGAUUCUAAACCCAACAAAGAUAAUGAAGAUGCAUUUUAUAACUCACAAAAAUUUGAAGUUUUAUAUUGUGGGAAAGUGGUAAUUGCACAUAAAAAAGCCUCGUCUACCCUGGUUGAUGAUUGUAUUGAGAAAUUUAGUCAGCAUGAACGCCAGCGUCUUAAACUCCUGAGUGAACAGCGAAGUUCCGACUCUACCAGUGACUUCACGCUGGCUGAGACAGAGGCUCCUGCUUCACCAUCUGACUUAUUUCAGGAGCAGGAGAAGGAGAUGGAGAAUAAUGGCUCCCAAUCCUCUGGACGUCAUUCGGGAAUGUUUAUCGUUGGUAGCCAGAGCAAUCUAACAUGUCCUCGGGUGUCAUUCCCUGAGAGGAUUUUAGAAGAUUCUGGUUUUGAAGAUCAGCAAGAGUUUAGAUCUCGCUGUAGUAGUGUUACCAUCCAGAAAAGAGUCAAUGAUGGAAAAAUACAGCCAAGAAGGAGGCAUGCAAGCGCACCAAGCCAUGUUCAACCAUCCGAUUCUGAAAAGAACAGAACAAUGCUGUUUCAGGUUGGGCGAUUUGAAAUUAAUCUUAUAAGUCCCGAUACUAAGACUGUGGUUCUUGAAAAGAAUUUUAAAGAUAUCUCAUCAUGCACUCAGGGUAUUAACCACAUUGAUCAUUUUGGUAUUGUUUGUCGUGAAUGCGUGGAGCCUGGGAUAAAUCAGUACAUUUGCUAUGUGUUUCAAUGUGCUUCAGACGCACUGGUGGAUGAAAUCAUGCUUACUCUAAGGCAAGCUUUUAGCACGGCUGCUGCUUUCCAGAAUGCAAAGACUCAGAUCAAGCUGUGUGAGGCUUGCCCAAUGCAUUCGUUACACAAACUCUGUGAGAGAAUUGAAGGCCUUUAUCCACCUAGAGCCAAGCUUGUAAUACAGAGACAACUAUCAUUGCUAUCAGACAACGAGCAAGCGGAUAUUUUUGAACGCGUCCAGAAAAUGAAAGCAGCCAGUGACCAGGAGGAGAAUGAACUUGUCAUCCUCCAUCUCAGGCAGCUUUGUGAAGCCAAGCAGAAAUGCCAUGUUCAUAUAGGAGAGAUGCAGCCGAGUCUAUCGUGCAGCGCGAUUCCAGAGAAUACAGCACCCAGUGGCAGAUUCAAACUUGAUGUUCUGAAGAACAAGGCCAAGAAAUCCUUGACCAGCUCUCUGGAAAAUAUUUUUUCAAGGGGGGCAAGCAGAAUGAGAGGGCGGCUGGGCAGCAUGGACAGUUUUGAUCGUUGCAACAGUUUUACAUCCGACAAGGACGGCUCUCCAGGGGACUCACCUCCUGCCACUCCACCGUCUUCUCCUGUGUCAUCUGCCUGGCAAUCUUUUCAAGAGGACGACCCGGACUCUCCUCAGUUGAGGAGGCGAGCGCACACUUUUAGUCACCCUCCGUCCAGUGGCAAGCGAAGGCUAACCUUGCCGGAAAAUAAGUCACCAAACUCUAAGUCUCCUCUGCAAAGGCAGAGCUCCUUAGUUUCUGAUGGCGUACAGAGCAGCCCCGUUCCAAUUGUCCGACGCAUCCGCACUGAGAGUGAGUCUUCAACAUCCAGUCUCCCUUCAUCUUUCUCUGCCCCUUCAUUCCUGAAAAACUUUUACCAGAGUUCAGGGAGACUCCCCCCACAGUCUGAAUACGAUACCCCCAAGAGUGAAUUUGAAGGCAGACGGAGAACUCUGUCCACAUGCAGUAACGACUCUCUAAAUACGAGCGGGGUCACCGUUACCCCUCGCCGAGUAUCGUGGAGGCAACGCAUUUUUCUCAGGGUUGCAUCGCCAAUGAUCAAAUCUCCAUCAGAUAUGCAAGAUAAAGAACGGCUAGAUGGAAACGAGUUGCUGCCUUUAUCUCCUCUUCCUACUACAAUGGAAGAGGACCCCUUAGCGUCUCUUCUUCAAGAAGAAGACACCUCUGUUGAGUCAAAUGGGAAGAAAAAUUCCGAGGAUCUUCAAAGACUAUGGAGGAAAGCGAUACAUCAACAGAUUUUGUUACUAAGGAUGGAGAAAGAGAACUUGAAGCUUGAAGCCAGCAGAGAUGAGCUGCAAUCAAGAAAAGUGAAACUGGAUUAUGAAGAGGUUGGAGCUUGUCAAAAAGAAGUCUUAAAUUUGUGGGAUAAGAAGUUAAAUUGCAGAACAAAAAUCCGCUUUGACUUGGAGGAGAUUUAUGCCACCCUAAAAGAAGGUGUCCCUAAAAGCAAGCGGGGAGAGAUCUGGCAAUUCCUUUCUGUGCAGUAUCGUCUGCGACAUCGACUUCCAAGCAAACAGCAGCCAUCAGAAGUUUCAUACAGUGAACUUCUGAAACAACUUACAGCCCAACAACAUGCCAUUCUUGUCGAUCUGGGGCGGACAUUCCCAACCCACCCAUACUUCUCUACACAGUUGGGAGCCGGACAGUUGUCCCUGUAUAAUCUUCUCAAAGCGUAUUCACUGUUAGACCAAGAAGUUGGCUACUGUCAGGGAAUCAGCUUUGUGGCUGGGGUGCUUCUACUGCAUAUGAGCGAGCAACAAGCUUUUGAAAUGCUCAAGUUCCUUAUGUAUGACCUUGGUUUCCGCAAGCAGUACCGGCCAGAUAUGAUAUCACUACAGAUUCAAAUGUACCAGCUUUCCCGGCUUCUCCACGACUACCACAGAGAUCUCUAUAAUCAUCUGGAAGAGAACGAGAUCAGUCCCAGUCUCUACGCAGCACCCUGGUUUUUAACACUAUUUGCCUCACAGUUCCCUCUCGGCUUUGUUGCCAGAGUCUUUGAUAUCAUUUUUGUACAAGGAACUGAAGCCAUCUUCAAAGUAGCCCUUGGUCUCCUCAGUAAUAACGAAGAACGCAUAAUGGCCUGUGACAGCUUUGAAAGCAUAGUGGAUUUCCUUAAGAUCAGUAUACCUGAUAUGACAAAUGCAACAAUGGAAAGAAUAAUUACACAGGUUUUUGAGGUGGACAUUUCCAAACAGCUCCAUGCAUAUGAGGUUGAGUACCAUGUGCUGAAUGAUGAGAUGCUGGAAGCGUCCAAUCCUUGUGACACCGAAUCUUUCCAAAAGCUUGAAAAGGCCAACAACCAGCUAAAGAGGCAGAACAUGGACUUACUGGAGAAGUUGCAGGUAGCUCAUACUAAGAUCCAGAACCUGGAAUCCAACGUAGAAAACAUUAUUUCCAGAGAAAGCAAAAUGCGAAAUCAAAUCCGGUCUCUGGAGCAAGAGAAAGCAGGCUAUCAAAAGAUUGUUGAACACAUGAGAAAAUACGUUCCUGAUCACGUACUGACUGACUGCGAACUUUUACUUAAAGAUGUCAGUUGUAGCCCAAAUAACAAAACAAAACCAGGAAAUAAGCAAUAAGUAAAAGUCUAGAACUCUUUGGAUGCGUAAAGCGAACCAAAAUUGACGUAGGCUACAAGUGCUUUCAAGGAGCCGAGUGACAGUAGUGUCUGGCGUCUGCAGUGUAGCUACUCAUGGUGGAGAACGUGGCCUCGUAUUAGAUUCACACGCAGCAAACCUUACCCGUGAGAAGGAGAAUUUCCUACAUUAUCUUGAUAUGCAACUUCCAUGCAUUUGCUACUAUAUAGUAACUAUAAUCGAAACCUAAAAGGGAAAUGCAUUUUUCUACUGUAAUAAUUAAUGUGUACAUUCUCGAGAAGUAACUUCACUGGAAUUUACCUUUAAGAGCCAUUUUCUCCUCAUUCUGUCUUUGUAAAGUAAUCAUAUAUAUAGAGAGAGAAAUUUUACUUGAAUAUUGAAUGUAGUUUUCCAAAGAACAACAUGUUUCACAUGUAUUUGAAAGACCUGUAUGAGAUAUUUUUGUUGCCUGUGAUUUGAUCCUACUGACAUAGAUACAUUUGCGUUUCUUUGUUUGACAAGCACUACGUGAUGUUUAUAAGGUGAGAAAAUGAACCGGUAGUUUUCUGGAUAAGUUAUGCUUGAGCCUGAAGUAAAAUAUUCAAUUUGUAUUCUCUUUAGUUCAAAGCAAAAAACAAAAAAAAUACCUUCUUCAACCUAAAGCAAAAAAAAAUCAGGUCCUCAAAAAAGAAUUUUUUCAUGGAGCGGAUACCAAAUGGGAGAAAAAAAUGACACUCAAUGUUUUCUAAGGAUGCAUUUGUACACUUGUAUAAUUAAUUGUAAUUUAGUUUUUAUUAAGUCACUCCUAAAGUUGCGCUGCUUUACCCAGAAUGCUGUUGACAUGCCAUGGACCAUGUUAGUGGAUAAACUUUUAAUUAUCGUCAGUCAAUUCCGCUGAUAUUUAGCAAGGUGUUAGGCUAUAAGAGUUCCUUAUCGUUAAUUAUUGUUCGUAAAAUUAAUAUAAAUUGUGUGAUUAAAAUGGGGCACGCUAUUCUGUCAAAAGGGCUACAAAAGUUAUUGAUAAUGUUGUUUUUAAGCACUGAUAAAAAUAAUUUUACAGAACUGUGAGAUAUAUAUAUA